AUGGAAGCCCUCGACUUUGACAAAUUAAUCAACUCCUGUUGUACUAAUUUACUAACUAAAAAUUAUCUUGGAGACAAUGCCUUGACUUUUGAGCAUAAAAGUUCAACAGAUGUGGCUGACAUGACAAAUGUUGUAAAUAUACUUAAAAAUGGCACACUAAAAUCUAGUACUAAAUUUAAGAAAAACAUCAAUCCCUUCUCUUUUGAGUUGAAGUCCACCAAGUCUGGAGAUAAGUCAUUGGAUUUUAUAGCAUCAAUUCCAAGAGUUAAAGGAAUGUCAAUUGGCACAUAUAUAGAAAAUAAGCUAAAAUCUGGAACCAACUUUAACGUUUCAUACCAGUAUUCCAACAAAAUUUAUAAUGGCCGAAUUGAUUUUGAGCCAAUUUCUAGAAAGAUGACAUGCUUCGGAGUUAACAACCUCAAACUAGACUUUGGGACAUUCACUUUUGGAUCACAAUUUGUUGUUGAUUUUAAGACUAAAAAUAUCAACUACGCUUUAGCGACUGCCUACGAAACGAAUCUUAAUGAUUCAUUCAUCAAAACGUCACUAAAAUUUAAGCAUGCAAACUAUAAGCUAUUUCAUCCAUCAGUGGGUUCGGAUAUCAUAUUAUCUACCACAAAAGGAAUGUAUAAAAAAUUUGUUGGAGCGGAAGCUGAAUAUUUUAUAUUUGACAACAAACUUACAUUCACCGUUGGCGCCCAGUGGUAUCUCACGCCUCAUAACAUUCCAAAGCCUACUUUUGUCAAGGCCAAAUGUACUCAGGAUUACAAGGCUGAAGUUGCUUUUACCCAUGCUUUGACUGAUAACAUCUCCUGUACCUUAUCUUCCCAGGGUAUUUUGAGCAAGGAAUUCAACCCUCAGGACCUAAAAUUUGGCUUCAAGCUAUCUGUCUCCUAA